GACUUGCUCUCACCUGGCACUUUCUGCCCCUUGGCUGAUUGUCUGGUGAGGUGGUUGGCGCUGCACAAGUGCGCGAGUUAUUUAACUCGGGUGCGCGUGAACAAGAUCUGUUGUUGACGCCUCCUCCUCGUCUUCCUUCUCCCGUGAGGCUCAGACAGCAGGUAAACGCCCCCCUGACAAGAACAAUUAAGAAAUACUCGGCAGGAGCAGCUUUCUAAUCUCCGAUCUCUGAUAAUACUCUCCCCUGGCCGGGGUUUAGCUCUUCUGCCUGAUUUCUUUUGAACGCUUUCCAUCAUUCGCACUUUCGCGGCCCCGUGCGAGCGUCCUGGAUUUUUAUUUAUUCAUUUUUACAGGAUGGGUUAAGCAUUCAUUAGUUUUAGCCUAGUUUUCAUCUGCACUUUGGACGAUUGUGGCUCUUUAACGGACCCGCACGAUGCAUAAUGAUGAUGAUCUUUUGGGCACGGAAUCGAGCGCUCGUGCACUCGUGAUGGAUUAGCCGCGACUCCCCACAGAGCACCUGCUUAAUCUCCGAAGACUCCAGAAUUUGUUAGUCGCUUUUGACUCGCUGGAAUGGAGAGCGUGCUGAGGCCCAGGGUGUGCUACCUGAUCAAAACCGAACGCGGUUAUGGGUUCCACUUGCACGGCGAGAAGAAUAAAGGUGGACAAUUUAUCCGAAAAGUGGAACCCGGUUCGUCGGCUGACCAAGCCGGACUGAAACCUGGGGACCGAUUGGUGGAGGUGAAUGGCGAGAAUGUAGAAAACGACAACCAUCACCAGGUGGUGGAGCGAAUCCGCGAGGUACCUCAUCGCACCCGAUUACUAGUAGUGGACAGAAACACAGACGACUACCUUCGCAGCUGCGGUGUGGCUUGCACAGAGGAUUUGGCCAUCGAGAUGGGAACCCUCUCCCCGCGUCUCUCACCGCGAGACACACCGUCAACUUCGCCUUUACCCCGGGUGAAUUCACCCAAGUCCCCUCAACCUGACCACACACUUCUUGCUGCAAACCCGCCAACUUUUUCGAUCUCACAAGGCAAAGUUAAGCGGUCCUCUGUGACUGACAUAGAGCUACAGAUGAAGGCCUCUCCAGAGCUGUCGACUGAGCUCCUUCCCCGCCUGUGUCAUCUGAUCAAGGGGGAAAUGAGCUACGGCUUCAAUCUGCACAGCAAUAAGGCAAAGGGUGGACAAUUUGUACGCUCGGUGGACCCACAUUCACCCGCAGAGAGAGCUGAUGUCCGCCCGGGAGAUCGACUGGUGGAGGUAAACGGAAUGAACAUUGAGCAUCUGAGACACUCUGAGGUGGUGGCGUUCAUUAAAGCGGAAGAGCAAGAAGUGCGCCUCCUGGUCGUCGACCAGGAGACAGACGAGCUUUUCCACCGAUUGGGGAUCACACCAUCAGCAUGCCAUGUCUACAAGGAUGAAUCAGCUAUGGAACCUGUGUCGUCUGCUCCUUCUCCCACCUCCACUGAAACGCCAAUCAUACAUGUCACACUGACAGACGCUCCCAUCACAAAUAUGUCCCCCAAACAGAGGACCAAUGGGAGUUGUGCAUCCCAUUCCUCAACCAGCUCUACCACUCAAUCAGAGCUCAGUAGCUCUGACAUGAGUUUCCAGGUCCCCGAUGAGGAUGACAGAAGGGUUUUAGAUCCUUUCAUGGACAGCGGCCUGCGUUUGAGUCCUACAGCGGCUGAGGCAAAACAAAAGGUUCUUAGUAGACGCAACAAAAAGAGGGCGCCCCCUAUGGACUGGAACAAGAAACAAGAGAUCUUCAGCAACUUCUAAUGUCACAGAAGAGGAAGCAUGCAAAAUACAAGCCGGAUUUGUGACUAAAAUGCUACUCAUACAGCAUAGUACUGUACUUGCUCGUGCACAAAGAAGGACAAAGUAAUUCAAGCAAGUACCUGACACUAACAUAUUGUGACAUUGAGUGAUAUUCUGGACCAAAAGAUACUUUGAGGAAUAGUUUCAGAUUUUUUUUUUUCUGCCUGGCUCUAAUUUUAAGAUUCAAUAAGAUUCUUCUAGAGUUGCUUUUGGAAGGGUUACUACAGUCCACCCUCAGAUAUCAGAUUGAGGCGAAGGGAUAAUGGUGGCCACACGAUGAGUUGUUCUCUCUUUUAACGAUUAGAUUGACAUAAUUUAAACGCAUGUUUUACAGCGUGGAAUCGGAUGUCUUGCAUGAAAAUGAUUUUACUGCAGAAGUCAAAGUUCUUUUUAUGCCAAGGCAGGUAAUGUUAAAUUCAUUAUAUCACAGAGAUUAUAUUGACACCAUCAGGCACCCUAAAUGGUAACCAAUGAUCUCACUCUCCAUUCUUCCAUGCCAAAACAUCUCUCCAUGACCUCAUAGCCCAUGUUGCAGCCAUGUUGGCUAUUUACCAACAAUUGUCUUGUGUCAAUUGUGUUUCUAUGUCCACUGCACACGUUUGAUCAUUGUGAGCAUUGGAUUGAGGUGGCUGAAAUACAGCUAUAAGUCAUCGCAGGAUUCCACAUCAAGUUCUUGGAAUGUUCGAGACACCAAAAAGGUGUCGUAUAUUGUUCCAGCUUGCCGCUCAUCAAUGGAUUUUCUUAAUACACCAUUAACAGAACGAACCAGUCGGAAAUGUUCAGUUUUCAUUCCCUAUGUAAGGCCUUGGGGACUAUUUUGUGACUUUCAUCAGCAGAAACAUCCUUUUCCCUCAUUAUACAGGGUGUCGCUUUACCAUUUCAAAAAAUGAUUAACAAUGCAAUUGAUUAGAUAUUUUAUUCAGAUUUGUUCUAUUGUUUUCAGCGUUUAUUAAAGGUUUUUUUUACCUCUUUUAAUACACUUCUACAUGAGCACCAUAAGUUGCACAAAGCACAUCAAGACGGUACUCGAUUUGUUGCCAUGUUCGCUGGAGCAUAGCCUCAUCAAUUGUGGCAAUUGCAUCAGUCAUCCUUCGCUUUAGGUCAGUAAUAUCCCUUAUCUUUGUUCGAUACACGAUAUCUUUAACAUAGCCCCAUAGAAAGAAGUCCAGGGGAGUGAUAUCUGGUGUAUGUGGCGGCCAAGGAAUUGGUCCAUCCCUUCCAAUCCACCGGUCUGGAAAUGUUUGAUCGAGGAACCCACGAACAUGCAGACCCCAAUGUGGUGGUGCACUAUGUUGCUGAAAAAUGAUGGUUGGUUGAAGGUUGAACAAAUCUGAAUAAAACAUCUAAUCAAUUGCAUUUGUAAUACAUUUUUGAAAUGGUAAAGAGACUUUAUGGACAACCUGUCCAUUAAAAACACACCUCAAAUGUGGAACAACAUCCUCAAUAUUAAAUAUAUUCAUAACAUUCGUACAGAAAACUCAGAAAGUUGAGAAAUAUCAUUUUAAUGUUAAGAACCAAGACUUUAUUUUUUACCUGCAGCCCAAAAACAGACAAGGCUCUGGGAUCAACCAUUUAGCGUGCACUAAUUUAUUUCAAAACUCCCACUUUGGUUCAGCUUUUCGAUUUAAGCACAUAAGUGAUUUUAAACUCAGAAGCACAAUUCCCAUCUCCCAUCAGGUGAGACAGCCGACUGAAGUCAACACAACAAAAACUAUCAGUCUUUCUAUCAAACAUCAUGCUCUUUAUUAUGGACUCAAUGUUUAGAAAAUAAUUUUAAAAAACAUCCUCUUGACAUCUCACGCCCUUCCUCAUUUCUUCCCAUUUUUUGGCACUGGUUUGUAAAAUGUUCGAAAUAAGACACUAACAUAA